AUGGCUACGGCCAUAAAUCAUCAUCUUCAAUCUGAUUUAAAAUAUCUCACUGACUGUAUGUAUUUUAUCAGCGGUUACUGUAAAUUAGAUGAUAAAUGUCGGUAUCGACAUUGUCGUGAAGCUAUUAAUCAAAUAGAAACGUGUUCACGCUGGCCAGCCACUUGUCGUAAUGUUACUUGUCUUUUCCGACACCCAACUGUGCUAUCUCAUCAAGUGCACAAUCCCAAAGGAUCAAGACAUUUCGUCAGUUUCUUUUGGGAUAUUGAAAAUGUUCCUAUACCUAGAGGGCAAAGACCUUUCGAUAUCGUCCAGCGUAUUCGAGAGAAACUCGUCAUUGAACCUGGUCUCCAAGAAGCGGACUUUUCGUGUUAUUGCAAUAGUGCGACAAUCUCAGAAAUGAAUCUCGUCAAUUUAAGCCACGCCAAUGUUCGUAUUGUUCAUGUUCCUGAUCGUAAAUCUGGUGCUGCUGAUCGACAAAUCAUGCUCGAUUUAGCCCGUUUUGAACGGAUCCAUCAUCCACCAGCCACGAUCGUUUUAAUAUCCGGUGAUAUCGAUUUUGUCGGAGCGCUCAGUGCCCUUCGACAUCGAGCUGGUUUUCUUGUUAUUGUCAUACAUAAUAAGCCAGCUAAAGAAGAACUCAAAGCAACAGUGCAUGAACAUUAUCCAUGGGAACUGUUUACUUUACCGUCAUCACAACGACCUGUGGCAUCAAUAAAUGAUUCCGAAACAACAAGUAAGGUACGCGUAUCACGAGCACAAUCGACGCAUAGUCGAAGACGUCAUUCUAGUCGUAAUCGAAGUUUACGUCGACGAGAUCAGUCUCCAUAUGUUCCUGUAAAGACGUCGUCGGUAGCAAGUAGUAAUCAAGUUAUGAAAAAGAAUCCAUGUCCCAAAUGCUCAACUGAUUUCGAAUCAAUUCAAAGUUUACAACAACAUCAAUCAGCUAAAAAACAUCUUUUCACUUGUCCAGUAUGUAAUGAUACGUUCUUUACCGAAAUCUCUCAAACUCAGCAUCAAAAAGAUAAAAAUCAUUACGUAUCCGAUUAUCGAUGCCAACAAUGUAAUCGACUUUUUGCUAAAUCUGAAAGUUUAAAUCAACAUCAACAAGAUACCGGUCAUCCAGACGUCCCACCACCUCCAACAAUAUAUCCGAAAUCAAUACUUCGACGAACCCAAUUACCUCCACCAUCGUUCGUGCCUCAAACCGAACCAGAUCCUUUCGAAAUCAUUCUAGGAGGUAUCGAAGCGCUUAAAAACCAUUAUAUAAAACGGUCUACUAAACCAAACUGA